CAAAAACGUCAAACAACCAUAACCCCACUUAAUUAGGUUAAGUUCAUUAUUUAAUCGUUACAAGAAAACAACAAACAACAUGCCUUUUAUGAUAGGCCGCGCUCCUAUCAGGAGAACCAUCAAAUACCUGGAAUCCGGCAGGUUAGUUUUGAAAGAUAAAAUAAAAAUCCUGACCGUUAAUUACAACACACACGGGGAAACUCACGCAGGCACAAAGAACUUCGUUUUCUGGCAUCUCCCGCAGAUCCAAUACAAAAAUCCCGAAGUGCAAAUUGCUACGUUGAGGAACAUGACCCCCACACCGUUCGUUCGAUGCUUCUACGAUACCGGCGAGCAAAUGCUGAUAGACACCUUCGAUCGAUCCAAAGACGAAAUCUACGAGCACCUGAUCGAAGUUAUAGGCAAGACGAGGGAAUUAUUGGACGCCGAAGCGGUGGCGAAAGAGAAGAAAGACAACCCGGCCAAUUUCGGCAGGGACUGCGAACGGUACUGCAUCUGCGAAGUACCAGGCCAGCUGCCCUGCCCCGGAACCUGCCCCAUGCCGAAAGAAUGGCGGGGGAAGUACAAAUUUAACAAAUCUGUCGAUUAGGAUCUACUGUAAUUAGUUUAUUAUUAAAUUAUAUUCGAAAAU